UUAACCGCAGGGACUGUCAGUUAAACAUUUAAAGCGAACAGAGUGAUUAAAUUCACUGCUAACUAAAGAGAAAAGGCCUGUAACGCACUAGCCUAGUUUUAAAUCACGUAGUUAUAGCUCAUAUAAAAUCCUACGUAACAGUUAGCUCAUUAAGGUCACACAUACGGGACUGUAAUUAUAGACAGCUGUGAUCAAAUAUUCACCACAGGAGGCUUUUACACCAUGGGAGACUAAUAUAUGCUGUUUAAACUAUUGGUGUGUUUUUUACAGUAUUAUAACCUCUAGCCACACUUAUCUCCCCCUCCCCUUAUACAAACAUGCUGUGAUGUAAUGGGCUUUGUGACUGUUUAAUGUUUCAAUACAGUUCCUAUUGUCAUUAUUGUGUCUAUAAUUAACGUGAGCCAUUGGAUUUUUAAUGACAGCCUCCCACCUUCCUAGUAUGAGGCUGUUGUGUUUAUGAUAAGCGGGCUGCUUGUGAUAGGACGGUGGAGGACAGUCAGAGGAGGGUGGAGUUGGCAAAGCAGUGACACAGCUGCGGGCUGCAGGCGUAGUCAUCAUGCCGGUGCUGCAGAGGGAACAAGCGAUGUGAGGAGGUACUGAUGCUGUCUUGUGUUUGUCAUCAACUAUGUACAGACUACCACCGAGGAAAAUGUCAGAGGUCAACAUAGGGAAGCGCAAGGAGAAGUGUGAGAACUGCACCAAACAGUGCAACAAGAAACAGACUGAUGAUGGUGCCGGCUCACAACAGGAAGGGGAUGAAGUCAAUGGACAGGUAAUGGCUGUUUACUCCAUUGAUCUUCAAAAUCAAUCUUCAUUAGGAUUCUUCAAUCACCUAACACUCACGUCUCCAUUCCCUCAGGUGAAUGAAGGGCCGCAGCUGCUGCUGAGCGCCUGCCUGUCCUGUGAUGGCUGUCUGUCAGAGGAGGAGAGCUUGAAGAUCUCUCAGCAGAGCCUGGAGGAAGUGGAGCGAGUUCUAGCCCUCAACAAGAAAUGUGACGUAACGAAGCACAAGGUGCUGGUGGCGUCGGUGUGUCCACAGUCUCUUCCCUACUUUGCUGUGAAGUUGGGUCUGGACAUCAAUGAGGCCGCCCACAAACUCUGCAGCUUCCUCAAGAGCCUGGGAGUGCAGUAUGUGUUCGACACCACUCUGGCGGCAGGUUUCAGCAUCUUGGAGUCUCAAAAGGAGUUCAUCCAGAGGUAUCGCAGAAGACACCACGACUCCCACGCCAUGCCCAUGUUCACCUCCUCCUGCCCGGGGUGGAUCCGCUAUGCAGAGCGUGUACUGGGCAGUUUGGUCACCCCUCAUAUCUGCUCAGCCAGAUCUUCCCAGCAGAUCAUGGGCUGCCUGGUCAAAGACUUCUUCUCUAAACAGCAGAAGCUGAGUCCAGAGAAGGUCUAUCAUGUGGUGGUGGCACCUUGCUUUGAUAAGAAGCUGGAGGCGGUCAGAGAGGAGUUUUACAACAGUCUGCUGGAGAGCAGGGAUGUGGACUGUGUCCUCACCUCAGGGGAGAUCUACUACCUGAUGGAGCAGAGGAAGGUUUCAGUGGAGAAUCUGGACUCAGUUCCGUUGGACCACGUGCUGGGAGAGGCCGGGGACGCAGCUCUGGUGAGAUACGAGGGCCGCAGUUCAGAAGGCUUCCUGGAACACGUGUUCAAACACGCUGCCAAAGAGCUCUUUGGUCUGGACGUCCAAGAGAUCACAUACAAAACCCUCAAGAACCGCGACUUCCAGGAAGUGACCCUGGAGCGGGAUGGGGAAACGCUGCUGCAGUUUGCCGCCGUCUACGGUUUCCGAAACAUCCAGACCCUCGUUCACCGCAUGAGGAAAGGACGAGUGCCUUACCAGCUGGUGGAGGUGCUGUCCUGCCCAGGAGGGUGCUUGAGCGGUCGCGGACAGGCAGAGAGCGAUGCUGGAGGACGGACAGAUAAAACCCUGGUUCAGCAGAUGGAGGAGGCCUACACCAGCAUGCCGGUCUGUCUCCCGGAGGUCAACCCCACCCUGCACACCCUUUAUCAAGACUGGCUGCAGGGCCAGGACUCCCCACAGGCCGGCACACUGCUGCACACCCAGUACAAGAGUCAGACUCAGACCCAUACACAGCCCCCACACAUGCAGUGGUGAGAGAGAGGAGAACACAUUUUAGUUUUAAGACAUGAUGGAGGCAGGAAUAAAAGCCGCCUCCGGUUGGCUCCUGAUUCUGCUCGGACCACAUUUCAUCAUUCAUGCUGGCACCAUGAAGGACAAGUAGAGGACCGCGAUGCUCUACAGACCACUGAGUGAGAACUGAAGUGUCAGUGGGUGCAAUUCUUCCAUUUGUCCACAAGGGGGUGACAUGUAGAGUAAAAAGUGGUGGAGACCAUAUUCCAAAUAUGGGCCUUAGGAAGGAGCCUAGAAGUACAAACUUUUUAUGAUGCUAAUGAUGACAGACACAAAUAAGGUACCAGGAUCAACAGGAUCUAGAUCAUCCUGAUUUGAGGAAGUCUGUAGCAAGCAUAAACUAUUUAUUGUGGCCAGUUUAAAGAGCAAUAAACCACUAAACCGUUUUAGGUGAUCUGAACUUGUGGAUACUUAAUGCACACUGGAGGAAUCUAAUGUAUUCCAAAUCCAAAUUGUUUUUGUUUUGUGUCAAAGUUGUGUCCACUGUUCCUUUAUUUAAAGACAAACCAAUGUGGUAUCAAACAGGGGCGGUCUUGCUUGAAUGACUAUGCAACAGUGUGAUUGUGUAAUCCUACAGUCAAAAACGAAACUGAGUCUCCUGCGUGAAAAGUUAAAAGUUUCUUAUAUAGACUUAUCAAAUGAUGUUAGCUUAUUACCAGCUGAGUGUUUGGUUUAUCCGUCCCAGUGAAGAAUCAGAGUGAGUAUUUUAUUAUUGGUACAUAUUUUCAUUUGUAUUAUUGCUCUAAGUCUUUUGUUUCCAUUCCACAAAGACAACCAGGACAAGUAUUUUUAAGUUAUAUGUCGUUUGCAUUCUUUAUUUUACAAGAUCAAAACAUACAUGUCAUACAUGUUGAGCACUAAACUAUUGUGACAAAGCAGUGCGCGCUGUCGUAUCAUUGACCUUCAUUGACCUCCUGAAAAAUUGAAUGACUUUGUUAAUAUGUGAACAUUUAAUGUCUAAAACUUUCCAGUUAAAGGAUGACGUGCAAGUUAAAAAACAGCAGCCUGAAUUUCAGAAGAAACUCAUUAAAAUCAACAUUCAAAACAG